AUGGAUGCACCUCAAUCCACGCGCCCGAGACCCUCAUCCAGGCCCACAACCCCUCUACGCCCCAGCUCGCGCUCUUCAUUACGGGAGGCCCACGGAUAUGGAAAUAGCAUUGGAAAUUCAGGAUACACUCAGCCUGCCAUCAAUGCCUUGGAGCCGCAGUUCGCUGAGCUGGCCGAUUCGAUGGCGGACCUGGAGGCCAACUUCAUGCAUUUGCAGCUGAUGCACGAGAGCUUGACGCGAUUCAGUGAGAGUUUUGCCAGUUUCCUCUACGGAUUGAAUAUGAAUGCAUUCUGUGUGGAUUUCCCAGAGGCGCCGAUUCCAGACUCGUUCAAAAAGGCUAAGCAAGAUGAAGAUGAAGAAAAAGAAGCGGAAUCAGAACCAACACGACCCGUCGACGACGGCGAGAUGACCUUUAUGACUACGGACACGACUUUUGUGGAGAAUCCAUCGAGCGCCACCACCCCCUCCUCUAGACCGACGUCAAAGUAUGCUGCGGGCUCACGAGUAUCUUCCCGUGGCACUGCCCGUGGUGCAGCAACCAGCCGGCACUGCGCGCGGCGCUCGUCCCAGCGCACUUCCUCGGGGCAGAGGGACUGGGACUCGUCUUAUUAUCCGAAUUCUGGUUGUGACGUCGAAUCAGAUCAUUCACAACCCUUUGUGGGCUGUAUAGCUUCCCUCCGUUCGUCUGCUAUUGUCCCUAUUCACUUGCUUUUGUGGGUCCUAUUGUUCUGUUACGCUCUGAUUGAUCAUAUUAUUGACACUAAUUGUUUCCAGAGUGCAAUGCUGGCCCUAUUCAGGAGGAGUCCUUGA